CACCUUUCCAUUCAUACAUACAUAUAAUUCAAUCUGCUGCUCAAAGGCUUUCAAAUAAUUACAUGGCCCGUGGUAAAAAUAUCUCUAAGGUUAUAAUAAGUAAAAAAAAGUUCUUCAUUUUGGAUCAUUAGAAGAACUUCAAACCUUGCUUUCAUAUCCAUUGGCAAGGUUUUGAGGCUAAAUACAUAUCAAUGGGAGUUGGAGAUUACUUGUCUGAUCUAAUGGGCACUGGUAGUGGAAGCCGCCAACACAGCAGCAAUAGCAGAAAGCAAUUGCAGACCGUAGAGCUGAGGGUGACGAUGGAUUGUGAUGGCUGUGUGCUCAAGGUUAAGAAAACUCUCUCUUCGUUAGAUGGAGUAGAAUCAGUGGAGAUAAACAGGAAACAGCAGAAAGUGACGGUGACUGGUUAUGUGGAAGCAAACAAGGUGCUAAAGAAGGCGAAGUCAAUAGGGAAGAAGGCUGAGAUAUGGCCUUACGUGCCUUACAGCAUGGUGGCAAAUCCUUAUACUGUUCAAGCUUAUGACAGGAAGGCUCCUCCGGGUUACGUGAGGAGAGUGGACAACUCUGCCACCAUUGGAACAGUGACAACUUAUGGAGAUCCAUACACCACCAUGUUCAGUGAUGAAAACCCAAAUGCAUGUUCCAUCAUCUAGAAACUGGACAGAGACAGAGACAGAGAGAUUAUGUUAUAAACAAGUGCUCUUUUACUGUUUUUCACACGGCACUGUAUAUUUUCAACUUUUAAAUAUAGUUUGCUUUAGUUUCAAUCUUAUAUAUGGUGUGUAGUAAUGUGAAGAGAUGUUCUUGUGAUCCUUUGUUUUUGUUAACUAUUUUGUUUCAGUCAAUACACUGAACCGUACUUUGUGGUAGUUUUGCAGCGCG